UUCUUGCUACAUACAAGCAUGGCGUCUGCUGACCUGAGAGAGGAGGUAACUUGCCCUGUCUGUGUGAGCAUUUAUACAGAUCCUGUAACCCUCAGCUGUGGCCAUACCUACUGCCUGAGCUGUAUUAACCAAACAUGGGACAACCAGGAGGAGGGGGAGUAUUCCUGUCCUGAAUGUCAACAAAGGUUUAGGAGGAGACCUGAACUCAAAAGGAACCUGAGGCUACGUAAUAUAGCAGAGACUUUCCAACCUACUGAGUCUGUAAAUGAGACUGGGAUCUUCUGCACUUACUGUGUUCACCCUGCUACUAAAUCGUGUCUAAUGUGUGAGGAGUCUUUUUGUGACUUCCAUGUGAGGUCACACAGCAAGUCUGAGGAACACGUCUUAACUGAACCCACCACUUCCUGGGGUAACAGAAAAUGCACCAAACACAAGGAGCUGCUGAAAUAUUACUGCACUAAAGAUGCUGCCUGUAUCUGUGCGACCUGCUCCCUGGCCGGAGAGCACAGGGGACACCAGGUGGAGCUGCUGAAUGAGGCUUCUGAGAAGAAGAAAGAGAAACUGAGAAAUGUUCUGCAGAAACUGACCACAAAGAGAGAGAAGACUGAGAAAAGAGUCCAGAGUCUGCAGGAGCACAGGAGAGGGGUGCAAGAGAAAGCAGCUGGUGUAACAGAGAGAUUCACUGCCCUGAUUAGGGACAUCAGGAGACAGCUGGAAGACCUAGAGAAGCGAGUGCUGAGUGAGAUCACCCGGCAGCAGGAGCAGGUUUUACUCACAAUCUCUGAUCUGAUCCAGCAGCUGAAAAAAGAGAAGGACGAGCUGACCAGGAGGAUUUGUCACAUUGAGGAGCUGUGCAACAUGACUGACCCAUUAACUGUCCUACAGGAAUCACACAGAGAUGACUUUUGUGGUGCUGAGCAGGGAGAUAAUGAGGUCACACAGAGAGGUGAUAAACAGGUCCCUGCUGGAGGGGAUUUAGAUGAGGGUCUGAUCUCAGUGACCUUAUACAUAGGUUUAGCUGAUAUUGUGACUGAUGUAAAGAGAGUGAUCUAUAUGCAGGUGCCAUCAGACAUAUUACUGGAUAUAAACACAGCUCAUAAUAAUGUUAUUGUAUCAGGUGACCUGAAAACUGUAUUCUGGUCACUCAUAAACCAGCAGCGACCAGAAACACCAGAGAGAUUUACAGAUUAUUCUCAGGUAUUAAGCACCAGGAGCUUUUCCUCAGGACGACAUUACUGGGAAGUGCAGAUCAGUAAAUCAGGGGACUGGUGUCUAGGGGUUUGUUAUACCAGUAUGGGGAGGAGAGGAGAUCAGUCUGUGAUAGGAAAUAAUAACAAGUGCUGGGGUUUGUGUAGUUUUAAUAAAAGUAUUUGCAUGACAAAUAACAGAAUAUACACCUCAUUACACCCCCCUCUAUCAUGUGACACAGUAGCAAUACUGCUGGACUAUGAGACUGGGCGUCUGACCUUUUAUGAGCUGUGUGACCCGAUCAGACACUUACACACCGUCACUGUCACCUUCACUGAGCCUCUUCAUGCUGCAUUCUGGGUACGGGGUGAUGAUGCCUUUGUGAGAAUCCUGCGCUAGAUAAACUGUCACAUAAUAAUAAUGCUGCAUUCUGUGUAUAUAAAGAUGGUGCCUGUGUGAGAAUCCUGCACUAGAUAAACUGUCACAUAAUAAUAAUGCUGCUGUCUGUGAGCCAGUGAUGUCUGUGUAUUGUGCACAUUGUGUAUGAACUGGGGAUAAAAUAAAAUAUUUGUGUAGAUUAA